AGAACCGCAACGUGCGCACUUUGCGACUGUACUGUUAAUGGCGAACGAUACGGCAACAUCCGCAAGCGGCAGCAGCAGAGAGAAGAUGGCGGAGGGAGAUAAAAAUGCAGAGAAACUCAAGGAGAAGGCGAAUAAUUGCUUUAAAGAGAAAGACUAUGACAAUGCAAUCAAAUACUACACGGAGGCGUUGGAGCUCAACCCGGCCAACGCCAUCUACUUCUCCAACCGCAGCCUGGCGUACCUGCGGACAGAGUGCUAUGGCUACGCUCUGGCCGACGCCACCAAGUGUCUGGAGAUAGACAAGAACUACAUCAAGGGCUACUAUCGCCGAGCCACGUCCAACAUGGCCCUGGGCAAGUUCAAGGCUGCACUCAAAGACUACGAGACGGUAGUGCGGGUGCGACCCAAUGAUAAGGACGCUAAGAUGAAAUACCAGGAGUGCAACAAGAUCGUGAAACAGAAAGCCUUCGAGAGAGCCAUCGCCAGCGACGAGAUGAAGAAAUCGGUCGUGGACUCCCUAGACAUAGAAAACAUGAUGAUUGAGGACGAGUACACUGGACCGAAGCUGGAAGAAGGAAAGGUGACGAUGAGGUUCAUGAAAGAGAUGAUGGAGUGCUUCAAAGACCAGAAGAAACUGCACAGAAAGUGUGCUUAUCAGAUUCUGAUCCAAGUCAAAGAGCUCUUGUCCAAACUACCCAGUCUAGUUGAGAUCACGUUAAAAGAGACAGAGAAGAUAACCAUUUGUGGCGACACACAUGGACAAUUCUACGACCUUCUGAACAUCUUCGAGCUGAACGGCUUACCCUCCGAGACCAACCCCUAUCUGUUUAAUGGAGACUUUGUGGACCGUGGUUCGUUCUCCCUAGAGGUCAUUCUGACUCUGUUCGGCUUCAAGCUGCUCCUCCCGGACUCCUUCUACCUGCUCAGAGGUAACCACGAGACUGACAACAUGAACCAGAUGUAUGGUUUUGAGGGGGAGGUGAAGGCCAAGUACACCGCUCAGAUGUUUACGCUCUUCAGUGAGGUCUUUCAGUGGCUCCCUCUGGCGCAGUGCAUCAAUGGAAAGGUUCUGGUGAUGCACGGGGGGCUGUUCAGUGAGGACGGAGUGAUGCUCGACGAUCUGAGGAAGAUAGACAGGAACAGACAGCCCCCUGACUCUGGUCCCAUGUGUGAUCUCCUCUGGUCAGACCCACAGCCACAGAAUGGGCGGUCUGUCUCUAAGCGAGGUGUGAGCUGUCAGUUUGGUCCUGACGUCACCGAGCGGUUCCUGGACCAGAACAAGUUGGAUUACAUCGUCCGCAGUCACGAGGUCAAGGCAGAGGGUUAUGAGGUCACACACUCAGGGAAGUGCAUCACAGUCUUCUCAGCGCCCAACUACUGUGAUCAGAUGGCUAAUAAGGGAGCGUACAUCCACCUCAGAGGAUCAGACCUCAAACCAGAGUUUCACCAGUUCACUGCUGUGCCUCAUCCGAAUGUGAAGCCGAUGGCGUACGCCAACUCUCUGAUGCAGAUGGGGAUGAUGUAGAGAGGCCCACGACGCUCAGCCUGGCACCUCCCUCCUGGCUGACCACACCCACCUCCUGGCUGACCACACCCACCACUCCUUCCUUAGACAACAACCUGCCCUGGCCCACUGGUCCAUGCGGUUCCAUGGGAUCCCUUUCUCCCAGCCUGUCCCCCCCCCCCCUCCCCUUGACCUUUUUAAUUCGUUGAUGUUUGUACAUCUGAAGGGUCAGCACUUUAAAGAUCUGAUAACAUUGAAGGGUUAGUACCAUGGGGGAAGGAAUGGGGAGCGAAUUGCGACCGGUUUCGGGUAAAUCCCUCUUGUUGCGUUCAGAGUAGACAACGUGGUGGUGUGAUGGUAGUUAAGGUGGAAAGGGAGAAAUAUAUCUUCGACCGGCACAGUCAAGAACUGGGUGUGUUCAUUUCUUUCUUUCUUUCUUUUUUGUAUUGGUAAAAACUGGAAAACUCAAUCUCUCCCUAAUUUCUGUCCAUAUUGGUCCCCACACAUGGGUUUCAUUCCCGGUAGUGAUUUAGAAUGAUGAAUUAUACUGUAUUGGUACUGUAUGGUUACAUGAGAAGUGGAGGAUUUUUGUAAGAACAUACGGCAGCAGAACUGUUAAGAAUAAUAUUUGAUUGUUCUGCUACUGUAAAACAUACAGUUGGUUGGCCAACUGCACCGUUUAUAGUGUGUCUCGUUGGGGGAGGGGAAG